AUGGCCGCUCAUCCUAAAGCCAACCCUAACUUCCAUGUCACCGCGCUCGCGGACAUGAUCUCGGCGGCGGUCAAGGUCGUCGUCUCUGAGUACGCGGCUGUAGGGCACGCAGUACCUACGCUGGAGUCCACUGAGCCGGGACCCUUCGACGACCCCGACAAGACUACGGCCCGCUUACGAACGGCCGUAAAGACCAUCGAAGCUGCUUGCGCGCAGCUCUGUGCUACUGUCGCUACACCACAGGGUAAUAUGCACAAUUAUGUUGACAUCGCAUGUAUACGGACGGUCAUCGACGCUCGCGUCGCCGACCACUUGCUCAGCAGGCCGGAAGGCAUGCAUGUCGACGAACUUUCCCGGUUGACCGGCAUAGAAGCGGGGAAGCUUGCACGCGUUCUUCGAGUCCUUGCCACAUCGCAUUGCUUCAGCGAAGUAUACCCCAACGUCUUUACGAACAACCGCCUAUCCAUGAAGCUACUAUCAGAAGACCCCGUCUGCAGUCUGGUCGGGCGAGCUGUCGACGAGACCGCACCGUCAGCACUACACCUGAGCGAGGUUCUGCGAGAUCCCAAGAAGGGCCGCUCAUACCUUCCUCAAGACUGCACGUAUGACCACUUCUACGGCCGGCCAGUAUUUGGCCAGACGGACACUGUAAGCAAGCCCAUUACUUCAUUCUCUUCGUCGCUCAAUGAUACGUGCGUUACUCAUUUGACAUCAUUUUGCGAGGUCGCUAACGUCGUAGCAGUAUACCCAUGGCAUACCGCGCCCCAAGGCGCCACAAUAGUCGACGUUGGUGGAAGCAAGGGCCAUGCGACUAUGGAUGUCGCCCGCGCUUUUCCUCAUAUGAAGGUGAUCGUGCAGGAUGCACCGGAAGUCAUCGCGCAGGGGCCUGAGUACUGGAACGCAAAUCUACCCGAAGGCAAUGUUACUUUCGUGCCCAUCGACUUCUUCAAGCAGUCCCCGGUUUCCGGAUGCGAAUAUUACUACGUCAAGCAUAUUCUUCACGACUGGCCCGACGCAGAGUCGAUCAAGAUCCUGCAGAACAUCCGCGCCGCGACGAAACCCACAAGCCGACUGCUUAUUCACGAUUACGUGCUGCCUCCUGUUGCGCGCCGCCUCGGGCGGGCAGAUGCGAUGCAGGCGCCCGAGCCGCUACUACCGAGCUAUGGCGCGGCGAAUACCCGACCGUUCCGCCAGGACAUCAACAUGCUUAUCCAGGUCAACGGGAAGGAGCGCACUUUGGACGAGUUUAUCGAAUUAGGCGAGAAGACGGGCUGGAAGUUCGUAGAGUGGAUGGAGGCGGGCGAGGAGGGCUUGCUAGAGUUCGUUCCUGUUUGA